CUGGGAUCUCCUCCCACAUCACGGCCCAGCAAGCAGAGGGGACGCGCUUCCCUUCCACCUCCCCACACUCCCUUCCAGCAGCUUCCCCGCUUCUGCAGGCCCCGGGCUCUCGCCUUCCUUUCUUCCUUAGCAACCUGGAGGCGGUGGCCGCUGCCCGAGGCCGCCUGGGAGGCUGCGGGGAGCCGGGGCGCAGAAGGGCGCUGCGCCCAGACCAGGUGCCCGGUUCUGGACGACGCCCGGCGCUCGCACCCGCCCGGCACCUGCAGCGGGUCCGAAAGGGAUUCUGCAAAAAUGAGCCGUCCCCACCCCGCUGGAUCACUUGCGGCAUAUAAUAGUCUCACCGAUAAACACCUGGCCGGAUAUUUUAACAACACCAGGAUCAGGCGGCAUCUCCUGAGAUCAGGGCUGAUAACAAAAAGUGGGAGAAUCCUUUCUGAAAAGGAAUAUAAAGUAAAUAUCAUGAAACAGGAUCACCAGAAGUACUCCCGGGAAUGCUUGGCUCAAGCCAUUUUCCGUAAGGUCCUUGACGUGGAGCGUUACCAUCAGCUUGAAAUAAAGAGGAAACUGGAGGGCUUGGCUAGGAGAGAGCGAAUUCAGAGGUUUAAGGGAGAACACACAAGACGAUUUAUUGAAGAUAACAUGCCCAUCCUAACUCCCCACCCCCCAGCUGGCCCAAAGACUAACCGUGGCCACAGCGUUCUGGCUGACCAAGGACAUUCCAGUCCAUUAACACUGACAGCCCCUCGACCAUAUACUGCCCCAGGAAGUAUGCAGCCUCCGAUUGGAUUACAGCCUCUUCUCGCUAAUCGCACAAGGAGAAAUGUUUCAAAGAUAACUUCAGGGUACAAACCCAAAGCCUCAUUGCUGGAAAGUGAAGCUCCAUUUCCCAUUGGGAGCAAGAUGGCAAUGAUGAAGUUCAGGAGCUCGCUGGACAGUCCACAGAGGGCAGAUUCCUGUCAACUUCCACACAUCAACAGUUACCUGAUACCUGUUCCCCCUCCACCCCCUCCCCGAGCUGGAAAGACCGUCCGGGAAAACGGACAGGAGGCCUGGAGGAGGAAGAGGUUCCAUCCCAUCGCUGCUCCAAAUGGCUCCGAGCCUCUCUUCACCAGGGAUUCCUCGCGGAUUUAUAAAGCAUCACCACAUAGUAAUGCAGUUAUCACUAUGGUCUACUUUGGGAAAAAUGUGCACCUAUCUUAUGAUGACACAGACUACCGAGAUGAAAUAAAGAUUUACCAACAGCACUGUGGAGGAGAAAACCUUUGUGUCUACAAAGGCAAACUGCUUGAGAAAGACAACUUCCAGUUCGUCUCCAAGCGGCACUGUGGCUUCCCAUUCAGCCUCACCUUUUUCCUGAAUGGGAUCCAGGUGAACAGACUCAGCUCCUGCUGCGAGUUCAAGCAUCGCAGGAGCUCCCGACUCGGAGGCAGAAGAGGCUGUUUCGGCUUCGUGUGUGUGGAGAAGGCAUCUCCUUGCUACAAGUGCAUUAUUGCAAUGGGCCUUGACAGAAAAGGAUCCUCGAUGAAAUCCAGGAGGGAAAACCACACUGACAAGAGAGAGGAAUCAAAGAAGGGUCCAGGGAAACUGAGGCAGGACAGAGAGAAUGUGCUGUCGAGAAGAAACGAGACGGAGGGGAGGGAAGCCCUUUCAGUCAGCUUCUCGGCUGAGGAAAUGAAAUCAGGGAUCAGAGAAGUGACAACGGCGGUGGAAGAAAUGGAGUGGCGAGGGAAGCCAGGGGGCGCCUGGGACGAGGACCGGGAAAACACCUUCAAAUACGACUACGAAGAAGAUUUUGAAGUCGAUGAGAAGCAAGAUGAGAGAGCUGAUGAAGGUCAGGCUGAUGAUCAGAUGAGUGGGAAGUCAACCAGUGAGGGUGAAAAAGACAAUUUAGACCCCGAAAAGGAGACUGAGACCUCUUCCGAAAAGGCCCCUGAUGCCGAUGACAGUGAGAUCCGGGAGCGUGAUGGCUGCUCGGACAGCGAAGAGGAGAAACGAGAUAUUAAAAGUGCCUCAUCAAACUCAUCUAGAAGUCACUCCUACUCCAGCGAAAGUGAUGACGACUCUGCCCAGGGCAGCGGGGUAACCCUCUCUGCAAGCAGCACAGGCAGCAGCCCCAGAUGUUCCUCUUCUCCAGAGCUGCAUGGAAUCACUGACCCAGGGAGGUCCCACCUUCCAGCUGGCCAUUCCCUUGAAGCCAAGAUGGACAAGCAGGAAGUGACAGCGGACCAUGUGGAGAACAGGCCUCUGCUGCCAGAGGAGAGCCACGAGUGUGAUCCGGAGGAAGGCAGGAAGAAGGGGAGCCAAGUGACUGCAGAGAGUGGACCUGCGAAGUCCAGGAAGCCUGCUGGUCAGCGGGCGAAGGGCAAGGUGGUGGACAGAGACGAGGGUCUCCCUGGGGUGGAGGACGGUGUUGGACAAAAAAUAAGGGAGGCCGAGGUGCCAAGCCGCCAGCACUCUGACACCGGGGCUGAUGUUUGCAAUGCAGGUGAGGUGGCAUCCAAGAGGAAGCUGGAGACCGCCAACUUGGGUGGAGCAACAAAUGGAAAUUUAGUGGAAAAAGCAGCAUUCAACAUGAAUGAGCAAUCUGAGCAAGUUGAACAAGAGACGUGUGCAUUGGAGAAGAGAGCAGUGAUGGAGGAAGAGGAAGGUCCCCAGCCCCAGGAUGCUGACACGGGGGCAGGGCUGAGAGAGGAAACAGGGAUGGAGGAAGAGGACAGUCCCCAGGCCCAGGAUGCUGAGGCAGUGGAGGAAAACGCAGAUGUGGCACUGGCGGAGAAAGCAGGGGCUUUGGAAGUUCGCUUAGAGGAAAGGAACCCCACAGUAGGGCAGCUGGCAUCAGAACAGUCUAGACAGAAAGCAGAAACCCCUCUGAGCACAGCAAGUGUGGAAGAGGCAGAUGUAGAAGGGAACAACAGACCUGGUAAGGCAAAGCUGAGCUCCACAGGACAAGCAGCAGCCAGGGACUCUGGGUGGCUGAGUGGAGAUGAGGCUCCUGACAGGCAGGAGCAUGAGGGUCACAACAGGCAGACCUUGGUGUAUCGGGUGCUCAGGAUGGAAGAGGUGGUUUCUGACAUGGAACAGGCCUUGGGGGAGGCUGUGACCGCAGACAGCACAGCUUUGCCUUCAGAGAAUCUUCAGGAAGCAGCAGUUCUUAGAGAAGCAGGGACUCAGGAAGGGGGAGAGGCUGAGAGGAGGGAGGUUGAGAGGGAGGGAGACUCCAAAAACCCAGAUGUGCACCAAGGUGAAGACGAGGCACCCGCAGAACUGGAGGACCUGGGGCCUGUGGAGGACGUGGGGCCGAUGGAGGACACAGCAUCUGAGGCACAGGACGGCUCUGAAGACUCAGUGGUACCCAAACAGAAACUGGCCUCAGAGAGGAAGAAAGAUCCGGAAGUAGGGGUGCCCUUGAGCUGCCCAACAGGAGAGGCAGAGGCAAGGCAGAUGGAAGCGGUCCAGGGCAGCCCUGCAGGACUCCUUCAAGGACUGACCCAGGGGAGCCUGCCGGGGGCGGGGUCUACCAGGGAAGGGGACAGGAAAGCAAGCUGUCCUGAGCAAAUAGAGAGUCCCCAAACACCUCGGAGGGAAACUGGAUCUGCGCAAGAGGUGACAGGGGCCAGCGCACUGAAGGGCGAAGACACUUUGGAGGAGCAAAAAGAAGAAGGGGGAGAGGAGGACGGAGCAAAGGAAGUGAGGUCAGAGGGAGGGACCGAAGCACCCCGAGGGGAUAUGCGUGCUGAGGAUGCAGAACCCACCCGGGCCGGUGACUUGGCCUCGGAUGCAGGGCUUCUAGAAGAUUCACUGAAGGAAACGACGGUCACCCCGUCUGAAGCAUCCCCUUCAUACGGAACGUCAGUGGAGGAGGACAUCGCCACAGCCACAGAGCUGCUGGGCCAGGAGACGGAGGCUCCUGCGCAGGGCGGGGAGCCCAGCGGCCAUGGAGAGCGGGUGUCAGGGGCCCCUGGACCGCAGCCUGCAGGCGAGGCGCAGGCAUCCGAGGGGUCCGCCAGGGUCCUAGCGGAGGCCGAGUGUGCCAACAACGAGUCGGGCAGCCUUUCGGGACCAGACGGACGGGGUGAGGAGGGGCCUCCUGGGGUGGAAGAAGAAGGCCACGCCGUGCAGAAGACCCGGGAACAUCUUCCCGAGCGAGAGCCCACCGUGGCAGGGGAGUUCGGGGGCGGGGCUGGGGCUGGGGAGCCGCUGGAGGACCGGGGUAAAGAGCAUGCGCCGAGAACGGCGAGGUGGAGCCAUGUAGGGCUGGACGGGGCCGUGGGAGGAAGAGCGGUUCUGGCCGAGGAAGAUCUCCACCGAGGAGGAGCAGCAGAAACAGCCGCAGGGCAGAGGGUACAGCAGAGGGAGGUGCUGGCGGCAGGGGUGAUGGGGACUUCAGCAGGGCCUGGGGCAGAUGCUGGGCCAGAACCGAAGGAUCCCGAAGCACAGGCCUCAAGGCGAGGGCAGGAUGCUCAGUGCGCAGGGUCAGCUGGAGAUGGGGCAGAGCCAGGGAGGCAGGAUGAGGAACACGUGUCAGGGGCAGCCGAAGGAGGAUCGACGCCUCGGAGAGGGCCAGAGCUGAGCAGAGAGUAUCUAGAGACAGCAACCACGCCGAAGCUGGAUUUUUCUGGAACCCUUGGGAAGCAUCCACACAUGCUGCAAAGUGAGGGUGAGAGUCCCUUGAACACAAAGGAGGAGGCGGUUCCACCUUAGACGGAUAUUUUAAAGGUGUCUUCUGGAAGAUGCAGAGUGGAGAAAUAUUGAGACUUGCACUUCUCCAGGACUUUAGAUUUUGUUUUCGUGUAAAUCACUGCUUGUCUGAGUUAGUUCCCAAUCUGUCCAUGCUAGUCAGUAGCUUAGUAACCACGGUGGAAAUAGCUCAAAUGGAUUUGCAAAGCCCUCACAGGAGCAGUGGUCCCAAACUGGAGACUGGGGAGUGUUGCACAGUCCACACAGCUAGUGUCUAGAUUCCAAUCAAAGUGAUAGUUUUCAAAUGUUUGACUUCUAGCAAAGAACACCAGAAGGAAGGCCCAACCCUAAUAUCUGGAAUUUCUUUUAUUCCCUUUUUAUUUUAGAGUCAAAUAUUAAUCCCAGUUUCAGGUAUGGGGGUUGAUUUUAAACCUGAAGCUUGGCACUUUUAUCACCCGGUCUUUGGGAAUGGGCUCCAGAGUUUUCCAUGAACACUCAAAACUGAAGAUUGCUCCAAGCCAUUCUAAGUGCUUCCAGAAAGAGAUCCCACAAUAUGGAAAUUCAGUUUCUCUUGGAAACCUUUAUCCUUCCUAUUUAUAGCAGGGGUGUGAAGUGGAAACCUUCCUGCAAAAUGCCCUUUGUCUUGUGUAUUUUGGCCUUCUGUUUUCUUGGGCAGAUUAGAAAGAUGUUAGCUGGAUGCACCUCAUUCCAGGACCUUUGUUUACUGGGCUGCCCGAAUGUAAACAAAAGCAGCGAAUAAUUUAAAUGAACAGGACACAAAUGGUAACUGUAAGGGAAAGACAUCAAUACCCGAUGUCAUUCUGUAGAAAAGCAGAUUGGGUCAAAUCAGCAUCCUGCUCCUCUUCCCUAGUUCUGUGAUUUCAAAUCUGUGACGGAGCCUCACAGUCAUUCGUGAGGCAGCAGCCCCAGGUUCCUUCCAAAUGGUACUCUGGCAUUAUUUUCUAGUUGAGCAUCAUUGUGCCCAAAGGGUCUGGAUUUCCUUGAAGGCACCGACACAGUAGUGACCCGAACUCACAUGAUUGCCUCCCUUUUCUACCAAGUGAGGCGGUAAGAAUGUAUAAAUCAGUAAUCCCCCAGCCAGGGAGCACACGGCAUUUUACAAUGACUUAACCGAUUCCUCACCCCAAAGGUGAGGAUUUAAUUAGUUUUAAGUGAAUCCGCAGCAGUAUUUUUAAAAACUUCUUGACGCUACUAGGUAGCCAGAUUUGACGUCCUCUCUGCACCAAGUCACCAUACAGUCAUGCCAGCUUGCCGUCUGUGUCUCUAUGAACGAGGUGAUGAAUGAUGGAGAUAUUCGAUAAUCAAGGAGAUCCUGGAGCAGGCACGCUGGACCAGAGAGUGGAUGGAUCCUUUAAUCACAGAUGCCGUCACAUAGCCCUUGUGCUUCUCUUACUUUCAUAAUUAGAAACUGCAGGGAGGGGGGCUAGAAACUACUGCUUAAUCAGCUCCUUAAGGUAUUCUCAUCCAUACCAAAGUCGUGAACACUGCUCAAAUGGACUACUGGUUCAACUAAGGGUUCAUGUUAGUUGGAAAACAGAUUACGAGGGCAUGGUCAAGCCCAUAUCUGUUUCCCUUUUUUUUGCUAUUGCAGCGCCUCCUGGUUCCCCUUUCUAAAUGAAACUGCAAGCAUUAUGAAAGAGGUGAACCCAACGUCAGUUCAUUUCACUGUGAUUGUAUGAAGCGUUUUCUGAAGAACGCUCCCAUCACCUACUGAGUGACGAGGAUGAGGGCUACCCACUGGCAGCCACUGCUUCCCCGCCUCUGUGGUUGUGGGUGGAUCUCAGGUACUCUACAUAGGUUCUGAAUGUUACUGAUCAGCAUUACUCUGACCUGUGUUUUUCCCCUAAUUUCAUCCUCCAUGCUAUAGAGCACUUUGAAUACACAGCACUUUCGGAAAGAUUGUAAACUCGUUAAUCACAUUGAAAAAUGAGCUUCGCACAAUGUGCUAAAUGGAAAUUGCAUUGAAUUAUUUUUAUAUUUGACACAUUCUAUCAAACCUGUAGCGUAGUUCUACAAGCUGUAUGUGGGUUUAACUGAGAAAUUCAGUGUCAUGAUGUUUUGAUUAAAUGAAUUCUUUCUCUGCGAAUACUGCACUAAUAAAAUUAUUGGUUUGUUCCACCAAACUGAGUUUUUUCCUACUUU